AUGGGGAGCUUUGUGACUCUUCUUGUGGCUAUUUGUUGGAAAUCCAAUUUGUUUUUAGAAGAUUUGAGACUAGGAUGGGAUAUUAGAUUGCUUGCCCGUAUCUUUUCGGGAAUUAUGAUCUCUGUGAUGGCAUUCACAGUCAUUGUGUGGUGCGUGGAGUCUAAUAGGCCGGUGUUUGUGUCCAUGUUUAGCCCUGCAAGACUUGUGGUUGUUGUCAUUGUCACAUUACUUAUUUUACAAGCCAAUUCAUUCUGGAAG